CCUUUGUUGCAGGUGGCGUUGAACACAAUGAUGGCGACUGCCAUGACCAGUUUUAGUACAAAGACGUAUGGUGAAAAACCACGAGCAUUUAGGCUAGAAGAAAAUGGGGAACUUUAUUACAUCGGUUCUGAGGUGGGGACAUAUUUACGUAUGUUCCGGGGCUCCCUUUAUAAAAGAUAUCCAUCUAUGUGGCGACGACUAGUUACUCUAGAAGAAAGGAAGAAAAUAUCAGCUAUGGGAUUUGGCCAGCACUCGCUAGCUACCAAUAUAACUCUGUUAAAAGUCUGUGAAGUGGAUGAAAUCUUUAAGGGCAGUGAUGAAAAAUAUAAGGCUGUUUCUAUCAACAGUGAUUCCUCCAUGUCCUUCAGCAGAGAUUCAAAGCAAAAGAAAGCAGCCUGGGUACCAACAAUACCAACCAGCUCUCAUCAUUUAGAUGCUGUUCCCUGUUCUACACCUAUUAAUAGAAAUAGACUGGGCAAAUCUAAAAUAAGAACAUUUCCAUUGUGUUUUGAUGAUACUGACCCAACAUUGAAUUUAGAAAAUGCCAGCAUUCAAGAACAACUAGUGCCAAUCAGACUAGAUAUGGAAUUUGAUGGACAGAAAUUAAGAGAUUGUUUUACUUGGAAUAAAAAUGAAACUUUAAUAACACCAGAACAGUUUGCAGAAAUAUUAUGUGAUGAUUUAGACUUGAAUCCGUUAAAUUUUGUAUCUGCAAUUGCUCAAGCUAUUCGACAACAAAUAGAGGCAUAUCCUGCUAACGAAGUAAUCGAAGAACCAUCAGCAGACCAAAGAGUUAUAUUAAAGUUAAAUAUACAUGUUGGUAAUAUAUCAUUAGUGGACCAGUUUGAAUGGGAUAUGUCUGACAAAGAAAAUAAUCCAGAAGAAUUUGCUACAAAAUUAUGUGCUGAAUUAGGUUUAGGUGGUGAAUUUGUAACAUGUAUAGCCUAUAGUAUCAGAGGACAGCUUAGUUGGCAUGGUAGAACAUAUGCAUUUAGUGAGGCUCCUCUACCCACAGUAGAAGUAGCUAUUAGAAAUCAACACGAAGCUGAUUCAUGGUGUCCAUUCCUGGAAACAUUAACGGAUGCUGAAAUGGAGAAGAAGAUCAGAGAUCAAGACAGAAACACAAGACGUAUGAGACGAUUGGCAAACACAGCCCCAGCAUGGUGAUCAUUGUUACUUGUAAAAAUAGUGCAAUUCAAUGUGGAUCAUUAACUGAUGCUAAAACAUUAAAUUAUGUUUAUAUUGUACAAAAUGGACGCAUAUAAACAAAACCCUCUGUAAACAACAGGACAAGAUAAAUGUAGGCCUACUGCCUUGAAAUUUGAUGUGUAUGAAAAGUCACUUAGCUCAGUAGGGAUCAUUUGACAAAAUAAAAACACAAAAAUAAAAAUCUGUACAUCAGACUUUUAGUAAGGAUUGUCUGAGAACAAGAAUACUUUUUUUGUGUGGUCUUAUUGUUAUCAAAUUUUGAAACCAGAUAAGAAGAGGGGUUCAUUUGUUGUAUUCACUGCCAGAGAUUAUUUCAGAUAAAAUAGCUUUUUCUGUUACAUAUUCCCAUGGCUUCCUAAGUUACAUUGUCCUAAUUGCUGUGACAGCUGUAUAAUUCAACAUCGUGAUGUACUAGCCACAAAAAGGGGCUGGGUGGGGGUGGGAUGGAUGGGGUGGUAGUGUAUUUCAAGUUGGGCAAAAUGUUGUUAGAUGUAGCUGAAUCUCAGACAUGUUGAGUGGACCAUUGUAAUGUUGAAUCGUCAAAUAGCCGAAACUUUUCACAUAUAAAUAUUAUUCAUGUAUCGUAUCAAUCAUUUAUGUAAAUUAAUCAUAUCGCACAAUAAAACUGUUAAAAAUUAAA